ACCACGGGAGUGCCAGAUGAAACAAAGAAAAGAAGUGGAUGGAUGAAGUACCUCCUGGAUAGGCCACCUUCCUCUAUAUCUGAAUACUUGAUGGUUCCAUCCCUCCCCUGGCUAGCUAUGCGGAUGACGUAUAAUGAUGGGGAUCCACUGUCCGCUGAUGAUCAUUCUUUUGUACUUGACAAUGUCUUUGCUUAUCAUCCAGAGAAAGGCAGGAAAAUGGGCGCUGGCAUUGACGAUUUCAUGAUAAGCAAGCAUGUGAAUUUUCCAGAAAGCAGGUGCUUGUAUGUGGUCACAACCGAUGGUUUCAAGGAAGAUUUUUCCUACCGAAAGUGUCUGGACAACUUUGUCAAGGGAAAGUAUCCUGAUCUUGCUGAAGAAUUCAUUGCAAAAUAUUUCAGAAAACCACGCUCUGGAGGGAACCGGGACCAAAAUUCUGUGCCCCCACAAACUCCUCAGGAUGAAAAUCAGCAGUAGUUCAGCCAUCGUCUCCUAGAAGUUUCCAUGCUCAAGUUAUGUAAAUUCCUGGCAUAUGCUAUUUUUCAUUUUUGUAUAUAUAGGGCAGAUGUUCUUUCAUUUAUCUCCGAACAAAAUUAAGCUCAACACAUUUCUGAUAAGCCACUCUUUUUUCAAUAUACAUGAGUGGUUCAUCUCUACUUUGUAUUAGUGGCUCAAUUGCAGCUUUACUUAACACUGCACCGCAGAUGGAUAUUGUCUUGAUGACUUCUUAAUACUUUGACCAGACAGUGAGGGCUGGAAGCGGAGCUUCUAACGCAUGGUUGAGGUGGUUGGAAUGAAUAUCAUGUUUUCUU